CCAAAAGUGUUUUUCGAAUUUUCAGUUGGAGGUAAUAGUGUUGGUAAGGUAACAUUUGAAUUGUACAGUGAUAUUGUUCCAAAAACAGCAGAAAAUUUCAGAGCACUCUGCACUGGUGAACAUGGGUUUGGAUAUAAGGAUACAGUCAUUCAUAGAAUUGUUAAAGGAUUAUUCAUCAAUGGAGGUGAUGUAACUGAUACCAGUUCUCAUAAUGGUAAAGGAGGUAAAUCAAUUUAUGGAGGAAAAUUUGCUGAUGAAAACUUUAAGGUCAGUCACACAAAGCCUGGUCUCUUGUCAAUGUACAAUGUUGGUCCCAAUACCAAUAGUUCUCUCUUUCUCAUCAUGACCAAUGCUCAUAAGGAUAUGGAUGGAAAACAUGUUGUUUUUGGUGAAGUCAUUGACGGAAUGGAUGUCAUCACACAUAUUGAA